AUGGGCAGCAUAUCACCAGCCAUGAAUGGCAACGAGGAAGUGGAUUUGGUGGUAAUUGGAGGUGGUCCAACCGGCCUGCUCUCCGCAGUUCUUGCUCGCCAUAUGGGCUUGUCUGUGGCCAUAAUUGAUGAGAAAUCGGGGCCGUUGAAACUGGGGCGUGCAGAUGCACUGAAUGCUCGCACACAGCAGUAUCUUGAGGUUGUAGGAAUCCUUGACGAGCUUCGGUCGAAAGGAAUUGAGUGCAACACGAGCUCGACCUUCGCCGAGGGAGAAUUCAAGUCUCGACAGAGUAAGUGGUGGACGAGUCUGGAGCACUGCCUACACCGCAAUUUUCUCAUGAUCGGCCAACCCGAUGUCGAGGCCGCCCUUCUCAAGAAGUUAGACACCCCGGUCAGCUACGGUGAACAGGCCAUCUCGAUCUCUGAAGAUGAAGAGAGUGCCGUGAUAACGACCAACCGAGGGAGGACCCUCCGCGGCAAGUAUGCCAUUGGAGCUGACGGCGCUCGUUCGAUGGUUCGGGCUGCCCUGGACAUAACUUUCACUGGUACCAAGCCGGAAAUGGUCUGGUCAGUGUUGGACACCUUCAUCGACACGGACUUCCCCGUUUGCUCAGAGAUUGUGACGUUUCAGUUGAAUGGCCAGUCCCGAGUAUCGUGGAUCCCGCGAGAGCGAGGCAUGGCGCGUUUCUACGUGCUUCUGGACGGGGAGAUCACACAAGACAAGGCCGAAAACUCGAUCAGAGAACAUCUGGCUCCUCAUCGGGUGACGUUCCUGAAAACGGAAUGGUUCAGCACCUUUGAAGUCAAAGAACGAAUUGCAUCCACCUUUGUGUCCAAAAGAGGAACGGGCCGUGUGGUGCUAGCAGGGGAUGCUGCCCAUGUCCAUUCGGUCAAUGGGGGCCAGGGUCUCAACACUGGCAUUGCCGACGCCUUUGGUCUUGGUUGGCGCAUUGCCCUGGCAGUACGUCACGCAAAGCUGAGCCCACAGGGCGCGAGUCAAUUGGUCCAGAGCUACGACACGGAGAGGCGGGCGGUCGCGGGAGAUGUCAUCGGCGUGGCCGCGAAACUGGUCAGGGACACGAUACGCACGGCCAAAGAGUAUGUGGGAACGAUUGAGAAGAACGCUGGCUACAUCACAGGGAUGGGCGUCGCCUACGAUGGGACGGGGUCCGCACUGAUAUCGGAAUCGGAAGUUGGCAUAUGGAAGGCGGGGAAAAGGUGUCCCGAUUUCAGUCUCUUAGGGUCGGAAUCCGGAGAACCCCAGCGCCUUUACUCGAUCGUUCCAUACGGCCAAUUCUUGAUCCUUUCAAUCGGAAGCCGGCAAGACCACCGCCAGCCUCGCGAGGAGUUGCCAACUACUCAUCUGACGAUUCUGCCGAGUGUUGCAGGCGGCGUUCAGUCGGCUACCGGGGGAACUUCUUCGACUUACGAAGCGGACAUAGUCACGUCAGCGGAACCGUUCAAGGUGGUCGUGCGACCGGAUAUGUACAUAGGCUAUGUGGGCAACGAGGCAGGUGUCAACGAGUACAUGGAUAGCAUUCUUAGCCUCAGCUAA